UUGCAAUCUCGAACUUUCACGACCAAAUUUUCGACAACCACCAGAACUCGACAAAAUGGCAGCAUCGGCAGCUCGUCACGUUAAGAUUGUUAAGAAGCGUACGUUCUACAUCCUCGCGGAAAUUCGGAAUCAGGAGGUUGAAUUUGCCUACAACGAGGCGCUGAAGGCCUCCACGAAGAGUUUAAUGCACUGAAGACCAGCCGUAUUGACGUCCUAUACUCUAGGCACGAAGCGUUUCCACAGACAUCAGAGCGAUACCUACAAAUGCCUUGAUGCAUCAUGGAGAAAGCCAAAGGGUAUUGAUAACCGUGUCCGACGACGAUUCAAGGGUCAAAUGGUUAUGCCAUCGGUACGUUCAUCUCGGAGACAUUGUUGUUGAGAGGGCACGAGAAGGAUUCAAUUACGUUGCGCACGUCUCGCGCCUUCAAUCAGCACCUCGAAGAUCUCUCUAGGGCCACAACUGACGGAUGAAAUAUAGAUCGGUUUCGGAUCCAACAAGAAGACAAGACACAUGAUGCCAUCCGGCCACAAGGCCUUCCUCGUCAGCAACGUCCGUGAUGUCGAGCUCCUCCUUAUGCACAACAAGACCUUCGCCGCAGAGUAGGCCAAUCCAAUUGACCGAAUCGAGACACAUACUUACAAACAUCUAGGAUCAACCACGCCGUUUCGUCGAGAAAGAGAAUCACAAUCAUUGAGCGCGCUAAGGAACUCGGUGUUAAGGUUACGAACCCCAAGGCCAGAGUUACGACUGAGGUUUAAGGGAUGGGCUAUUUUCAUUUGGGCACUUUGCAUGGGGCGUGGGAUCGCUUGAUAUCAGCAGCGCGGGUAGUGCAAUAAAUGUAACAUGCUCUACGGACAAUGAAUAUCUCAAAAAGAAUACCCCUUGGGCCUCUACGAUGAUGUGAAUAUGGUAGCACGACAAUCGGGUUUCGAGAUCGGUGAAGAUGAGGCGUUGGGUCGGGACUUUUCGAGGUGGUUUGCCCAGCAGCGCCAAACGAUUGCUUUGCACAUUUCCUUCCCGAAAUUUCAUUCACAAACAGGCAUCUGGAGGACUUUCAAGCUCACACUGAAGUGCUCUCGUCAGAUGCAUGAAGUAGGAAGAGAAAAUAAAAAUAUUACUACUCCUUACUCGGUUCUUGUUUACGCGGCAUGGUGUUGAGCUCAGAAUGAGCGGUAUGGCCAGUAGCCAGCACCUGAGGAUUCUGAAAAAUUACUCUGUCCAAGUGUACAUUUG